AUGCAUAUACGCAGGGAUCAGUGCAACUUCUUCAAAAUUCCCCAGGUUCUCCACGCUCUCGCCCACUACAAUGCCAGGCACCCUGGUGGCGAGUUCGAUGCUGUGAAGCCCCUGAAGCAGAGCCGCGUGGGAUUCCGGGGCCAGGCAUGGUUCCAUAUCAACUUCUGGGCUCGCCCCCGCAGCAGCAGCAGUAAUAACAAGACAAUCAAGCGCUUCUUUGCUGAGGUGCACUACAAGCCAACCUCGAUCAGUAGCCCCUCAUCGUCUUCGUCAUCACUUGCAAUAACUGCAGUUCCUAUAGUUCAAAUAUGCAUCAUUAUCGAGGAACCUCUAUCCCAAUAUAGGCGUAGCUGUGCCUUUUGUCCCAGCUACCGGGACAUUUUACACCCUAAGGGCUGCCGUAAGGUCGUCUGUGGAAAUGACAAGGACCUGUUUGAACAGCGAUUGGACCCUUGCUGCUGCACUGGUAUGGGGAUUGGGAAGAUGCCAUUCACUGCCCGCCCAGACAUGUCUGCUUUUCUCAACAUCAGUCCUAAGUAGGAAGAAGAAGACAAGAAGAGAGUCCGGGGUUCAAUGUCAAGGCUGACCGGGGUCCUUCAUGCCUCCUCUCGUAUCUUUAACUUCAAGACCAUGCAUGUCCAUCAUGUGCACAUAUGUAUGGAGUGGAGUAUAUAACUAGCUAAGCAGUGAGAUUGAAUGAAGAAUAAAUAUACUUUACUAGGUGUUGUUUUCAGAAGGAACAAUUUUGGGUCGAAUUCCCACAGUUAGGGAUAUGGUGAUGGUGUG